AUGGAAGAAGCACUUCACGUGGGCAUGGAAGAACGCGUGCUUGGCUGGCCCUAUCCAGUGUUUGAGGGGUCUCUACAGUCUAGGAGAUUUCUCAUCGUGGGCGAACAGCCCCAGAGGACCAGCCAAGCCUCAGAUACCUGCAGAGCCAGGCCAGCGCCAGAGAUGGCAUUGCCAGGGUCCAGCCCAUUACCCACGGAGGAACCAUCUCUGGCCAGUCUGUUCGCCCAGGUGGACCUGUGUCUGGGCUGCUCCCGCUGCACCCAGCCUGUUAAUGAGAGUACCUACCUCCUGCGCAGGGUGGAGCACACCUGCCCUUGUGAGAUCCUGCUGGCCCGCUUCAAGCCUGCCGCCAAGAGCAGCCUCUGGCGCAAGGUGGACCGCCCUCCCACCUUCCCGCGGCCAGCGCGCUACACGAUCUGCCGCUACUACAGCCCAGGGCUCGGCUGCCGGCGCCACCAUAACCAGUGCACCUUUGCUAGGAGUCCCGAGGAAGCGCUGGUCUGGAUCUUUGAGCGCGAGCACAACGUCAGCCAUCUGUGGCUGAAGACCCAGGUGCAGGGAGGGGGCGCCCAGCGCUCCGUGGCCGAUGCCAUCCGCGCGGAGUUUGGGGGCCACUUCCUGCAUCUCUGCGCUCCUUGCUUCCGGCGCCGCCCCCCGCACCUCUGCCCAGUGGACUCCAGGGGCCGGUGCCCUCAGCAUGGAGACUGCCCUUCUCUCCUGGCCCACGUGAGCACGGAGGGCCGCCACAAGCAGCAAGUCGUGGAAGUGCGGGAACAUCGCUCAACCCGCCAGCGGCAGGCCUGCUGCAAGUUUGUGGGGCUAGGGUGGCCCUGCCGCCAGGGAGCGUCCCGUUGCCACGACGCCCACAGCACAGUGGAGAUGGCCGUGUGGAGGGCGGAGGAGAGGAGGUUCCACCGGGAGGACCUGCUCAAACCCUCUGCCCUCAUGGAGGACUGGCACACAGACCCCCAGGGCCAGUCCUCUGAGGUCCGGCUGUACUGCCAUGCCUGCCUGGUCACCUGCUGCUCCCAGGAGGCCUUCGAGAACCACUGCUUCUCCCUGGAGCAUGCACAGAUGCUGGCCUUAGACUCCUGGGCGGUGCCCAGGAAGCACCGCAGCCCACCUGCUGGGCUCUCCACGCUGGAGCGCUGCCCAAGGCCUGACCUCUGUGAAUUUGGGGACAUGUGCACCAAGGCACAUUCAGAACCGGAGCUGCAGGAGUGGACCCAGCGGGCCAGGACCGUGGCGCUGAGGGAGCAGGCAGCCUGGAGGGAUGGGCUGGUGCCUUACCAGGCGCGGCUGUUGGCUGAGUACCAGCGGAGCAGCAGUCAGGUCCUGGUGCUGGCUGAGACCCUUGACGGCGUGUCUAUCCAUUGCGACCAGCCCCUGGUGCAUCAGGCCCAGGAGAAGCAAAUGCAGCACAGCUGGACAUUCACCAUCCACUCUGAGGCGCCCCUGCUGCAUGUGGCUCUGCUCAAGCAGGAGCCAGGAUCUGACUUCUCACUGGUGGCCCCUGGCCUCCCCCAGGGCCAGGUCUUUGCGCUGGGGGAGCGCUUCUGCCUGCCGGGCUCCCCAGCCCAGUUCCAGGUGGUGGUGCAUGUGCAAAGUACUUGCUUUGGCACAUUCGAGCAAUGGCUGGUCUUCGACUUUGGCCGCCGGCCGGCGCUGCUGAGGAAGCUGGAACUGCAGCUGGGCUCUGUGCACUGCCCGGAGCUCCGGGGGCCACCAGCGCCUGGCCACCCCGAGGAGCUGGAGCGCUGGCACACCCGCAACCGCCUCGUGGUGCCUGGCGUGGAGAGGACAGCCAAGUGGGAAGCCCUGAUGGCCAAGUAUAAGUUGCCUGCUCUGAUGCUGGAGUCCUGUCCUGGCAGCCCCAGCCUGUGUCCCAUCUCCCCCACCAACUAUCGUCAGAGGCUGCACCAGCGUCUCUACCAGGAGGAGGCUGCUCAGCAGCAGCUGGUGGCCAAGCUGAACUUUCGGGUCCCAGUGUCCCUGAAGACGGCGCUGGAGAUGCCAGCCCUGGGCACACUCUUCCCACCAUCAGGAGCCCUGUACGGAGAGGUCCCCAUACCCCACUCCCUGGCACUAGCCACGGACCAGGGCUUUCUGCUGGGCCGAAUGGUCAGCACGGCCCUUGUGGCCCCUGUGCCUGGGCCUGACCUCAGAGUGUUCGAGGUGCCCGUGGAGACUCGGGCCAGCUCGGAGCAGGCACUGUGGCUGCUACUGCCCACUCACUGCUGCACGGCCCUGGGGCUGCAGCCUGAGACCAGGAGGAUCUUGGAAGUCCAGUUCCAGCUGGACCCGCUGGCCUUCCCCCGCUGGCACCAGGCAGUAGAUGCGCUGCCCGAAGAGUGGCUGGUGCUGCCGAACCUGUCAGCCUGUGCCCUGCCCUGCCCCUCGCCCAUUCUACCUGCUCCGCAAGGCAACAGCAGGCAGAAGCUGGUUAUGGCGAUCGUCGCAGGGACCAGUCCUGGGGACACGCGGCCUGUUGCCCCACUGCUUGUCUGUGGGCCCUUUGGUACAGGCAAGACCUAUGCACUGGCCAUGGCUUCUCUGGAGGUGAUCCGCCAGCCCGGCACCAAGGUGCUCAUCUGUACACACACCAACAGCACGGCAGACAGCUACAUCGCGGAGUAUUUCCACCCCUACACCAGCAGGGGUCACCCUGAGGCCAUUCCUCUCCGGGUGAUGGACCCGACCUGCCCGCCAAGACAGACAGACGCGGUCACGCUGCGGUACUGCUGCCUGACUGAAGACCGCCAGGCCUUCCGUCCGCCGACCCGGGCUGAGCUGGAGCAGCACCGCGUCGUGGUAGCCAGCGCAACCCAGGCCCGCGGGCUCAGGGUGCCCGCAGGCUUCUUCUCGCACAUCUUCAUCGACGAGGCGGCUCAGAUGCUAGAGUGGGAGGCGCUCACCCCGCUGCGCUACGCCACGCCCGGCACCCGCGUGGUGCUGGCCGGCGACCACAUGCGGGUGGCGCCCAGGCUCUUCAGCGCUGCCGCGGGCCGGAUCGCGGGACCCACGCUGCUGCACCGCCUCCUGCAGCACUUUCGGGAGCAGGCGCCCGCCGUGGCCCAGAGGAGCUGCGUUAUCUUAUGCAAGAACUACCGCUCCACCGAGGCCAUCGUCCGCUUUGUUUCCCGCCACUUCUCCAUGGCCUCGGGCAGCCGUCCCCACGCCAGCGGCAAGAUCCCCCCCCACCCGCACCGCUACCCGCUCCUCUUCUGCCACGCGGCGGGUGUCCCUGAGCAGGACGUGUCAAUGACAAGUUGGCUGAAUGCAGCCGAGGUUGUGCAGGUCGUGGAGAAGGUGCAGGAGGUGUAUAACACCUGGCCCCACUGCUGGGGCCUCCGGGAGCAGAAGGACAUCUGUGUGGUGUCCUGCGGUGCCCAGGUGAGCGCACUGAGGCAGGAGCUGAGGAAGAGGGACCUGGGCCAGGUGUCUGUGUGCAGCUUUGAAAUCUUGCCAGGGCGAGCGUUCCGGGUGGUGGUGCUGAGCACGGUACACAACCACCGCAGCCUGCUGAGCCAGAGGGCACCUGCCCCGGAGUUCUUCACGGACGCCUGUGUGCUCCACACCGUCAUGACCCACGCCCAGUCCCAGGUGGUGGCCGUGGGUGACGCCGUGGCCCUCUGCUCCUUUGGGACCUGCAGCCGGCUCUGGAAGGGCUUCAUCCGCGAGUGUGUGGCACAUCAGAGCAUCUGCCCCGAGGGCCUGUCUCUGGAGCAGAUCCAGCAGAGCGUGGUCUGGAGGCAGCGCUGGGCCCAACAGGCAGAGCGAUGUGUGGCAGCGGGGAGUGGCCACCCUCUUCCAAAGGAAGGGGCAUCGGGGGACAGAGCCAUGGUGUGGAGAGGGGUGGAGAGCGAGGACCCUGAGGACUUUUGGCCUUCUGGGGAACUCCACUCCGAUGACGACAUCCUGCAGGAGCUCCUGGAUGGGAGCCGGAGAGUGACGCUGGCCCUCCGGGAGGACGGGCUGCUGGGAACCUUCUCCAGGCCCUUGUCCCCAUGUCCUUCUCGGCAGUACGUAAACCUGCCCCCUGCCAAGCUGCAGACGUUUUUCCAAAGGUAUGCCCCUCACUGUCCCUCCAGGACCUAUUACCGCUGCACCUUCCAGCAGGAGACUCUGGAUUCGGCCACUGCCCUACCGCUGGAGGAUGGAUACUACGGUCCCAUCCAGGUCAAGGGCCGCCAGCACUGCGGAAUGGCCUUCCCGGGGGACGAGGUGAUGGUGAAGGUCAUCAAACCGGGUCACCACCCGCUGCCGCUGGGCAGCGUGCUGAGCGUGCUCCAAAGGGCGCCCUGCAAGCUGGUCUUUGUGUGCCGCGCGGACGAGUGGGACCCCUGCCUCGUGGCCCCCAUCAAUGGCUCUGUGACCAAGAUCUUUGUGCCUGGGCUGAAGGACCGGCUGCGGGUGCCCGUCCACCGCCUCCUCCAGGGCCGCGUGCAGCGUGUGGGGUAUGAGCAGCUCUCCGCAGAGGCCCGUCGCCACUGGUUCUUCCGGGUGCGCGUCAUCCUGUGGCGUGAGCGCUUCUACUACCCACUGGGCGUCAUCCUGAAAGUGUUGCCUGAGGCCACCACCUGGGAGCAGGGGCUCCGGAUUCUGCGGCUGGAGUAUGGGCUUAAGGGAGCCUCACCCGACCCAGCCUCCGUCUACAAGGCGCUGCAGAUGUAUCAGAAGGAGCUCAGCCGGGUGCCCGGCUGCCGCGAGGACUGCCGUAGCUUCCCGACCUUCACCGUUGACCCCCAGGGUGCCUUCGACCUGGACGACGCCCUCAGUGUCCGAGACCUGGGCUCCAUGUAUGAGGUGGCGGUGCACAUCGCCGACGUAGCCAGCUGUGUGCCUAGGGACGGAGCUCUGGACUUGGAGGCCCGCAGGCGGGGCAGCACACUCUAUGCCCCCGGCCAGGAGCCAGUGCAUAUGCUGCCAGCCGUCCUCUCCCAGGAUGCGUUCAGCCUUCUGCCCGGCAGGGACCGCUUGACCAUCUCCCUGUUCCUGACGGUGGAGAAGGGCAGCGACCAGCUCAAGAGUCUGCGCUUUGCGCCCUCCGUGAUCCGCUCCGACCGCCAGAUGUCCUACGAAGAGGCGGAGCAGGUCAUCAGGUCGCACCCGCGUGCCGGCUGCGAGCUGCCCGCCCGCCUGGAUUCCCUGGACGCCUGCGUGGCGGCCGCGUACCACUUCUCCCGGGUGCUGCGCCGGCGCCGCCUGCACGACGGCUGCCAUUAUGAGCAGCCGGACGAAGACAGCGCGCUGGGCUUCCGUGAGGCCCGCAUCAUGAUCAAGGAGUACAUGGUCCAGUACAACAGCCUGGUGGCCGCGUUCCUGGUGGCCGAUGGGCCCACGGAGAGGGACACGCCGCUGCGGUGGCAGCUCGCACCCAGCAACCACAAGUUCGCAGCCAUGUGGAAGAAGCACGGGAAAUUGGUGCCCCUGUCCCUGCAGCUCAGCCACCUCAGACGGGACCGCCACUCCGAGGUUACGCCGGGCCUGCAGCUCCACCUCCUGGCCUCCGUCUGGAAGUGCAUCCAGCUGGCGGCCCACAGCCGGGACUUCACCCGGCUGGCAGACCUCAUUACCACGGACGACGUGCACCCCUCGCUGGCUGUCGCCAGCCUCGACUGGCGCAAGGGCCUGGGCCGUGCUGGCUUCGGCCCCUCCAGUGUGAGCAGGGAACAGGCGAACACCCACUUCGCCCUGGAGGCGGAGUGGUACACGUGGGCGACCUCACCCAUCCGCAGGUACGUGGACGUGGUGCUGCAGCGGCAGAUCCUGCGGGCGCUGGGCCUGGGAGGCUCUGCCUACUCCCACGGCGACGUUAUCAGGCUCUGCCAUUACUUCACCCGCCAGCACGUGCGCUCCCGGAGGUACGAACGCCGCGUCCGCAACCUGCACCUGGGCGCGCGGCUCAAGACCCAACCGCAAAGCAAGCUGGGCUUCGUGGCGGCGGUGGAGGCGGGCGCCGGCUGCUUCAAGCUGUUCUUCCCAGCCAACCCCGACACCCUCCCGGACCCCUGCCCUGUCUUCUACACCUCCCUGCAGCUGGCCGAGGACCCCCGUCCACUGGAGAGACCGGCGCGAAGGCGGCUCGUGUGGCGGCGCCGCAUCUACUCAGUGCAGGCGGCGGGGUCGUGCUCCCCACUGCCUGGCACCCUGCUCGACCCACACACCCGGCCGGUGGAUGGUGCUCUGUGGCAGCGGCUGCUGGGGCUGGUGAAGGAACAGCGCUUGCCGGAGGCGGCUGCCCUGGUUCGGGAGCAGGGCACCGCGGAGCCCCGGCGGCGGGAGCUGGGGCAGGUGCAGCGGAGCCAAUGCGGACACUUCGUGGAGGUGGCCCGGGAACUGGGCUGCGAGGACGCGCUGCAAGUGCAGUUCAGUGCCACCCUGCAGCGUGGGUUCCUGGCACCGGCCCUGCAGCUGUGGACCGUGGCGCCGGGUUUCUGCCUUUGCCUGGAGCACGUGGAACGGCCAGGGGACUGCUUCUCCCGCUGUGUGCCCCAGGCGGGGCGGGACCAGUACCAUGACCUGGACGAAUACGCCCGCGUAUGGGAGCCGUUCUGCUCCCUGGAGUCGGCCACAAACGCGGUAGUGGCGAGCGACUCCGUGAUUUUGCAGGAUGUGGCCAUAUCCUGGGAUGCGGAGCGGACGCCUCAGGGGCAGCUUCGGGGAGGCACCUUCUGCCUGGAGGCAGCCUUCCUCCUCGAGCACGGUAUCGACAUCAGCUUCGGCCACUGCUAUCUGUGCAUUCGGCUCGAGGGGCUGCCAGCCAUGCCAAGCUCGCGAGGCAACCUGUUCUGUGGGCCCAGCGAUGGCCACCCUGGCAUGAACUUUGACCCUGACACAUACACCUGGGUGGCCCACGGGCUGACGGAGGACCAGAACCACAAGCAGGGCUGGGCUGACAUGCAAGAGGCCCCUAUGUGGGUGCAUUUCUCCAUUCACCACGUGGCUGAGGACCCCGUUCCGGAAGAGGUGCUGAGACCCGGGGCCCGGUUCACCAUCGAGGUGCUGCCCAAGCAGCUUCCAGACCUCCGCAAGGAAGAAGCCGUGCAUCGGCUCCAGAGUGCGUCCCCACUGGUCAUCAGCAUCGCCUUGGGCCAGCCCAUACCCACGCCGCGCCAGCAGCUCCCCGGCAAUGGGUCCCCCAGCAGGUUUCUGGAUCAGCAAGCCUUUGACAUGCCUGGAGGCCUUCACAAGCUGAACCCCAGCCAGAACACGGCUGUCCGGGAAGCUCUGAAGAAACAGUUUACGGUCAUCCAUGGCCCACCAGGCACUGGGAAGACGGUAGUGGGCCUCCACAUAGCCUAUUGGCUCUGUCAGUCAAAUGAGCAGGCGGCAGCCCGCGGCCCCCAUGGUGGGGAUGAGCAGAUGGGGGGCCCCUGCCUCUUGUUGUGCAGUCCCUCCAGCAAGUCGGUGGAUGUCCUUGCAGAACUGCUUCUGAGCAGGAGGGCAGAGCUGAAGCCCCUUCGUGUGUACGGUGAGCAGGCCGAGGCCACUGAAUUCCCGGUACCUGGUGUGAGCAGCUGGGCACCCCCCAAGAAGACCCCUCAGGAGGAGAGGCCCAACCAGACCCUCAGGAGCAUCACCCUGCAUCACCGGAUUCGGCAGGCGUCCAACCCCUAUGCAGCCGACAUCAGGGCCUUUGAUGCCCGGCUACAGAAUGGGGAGACUUUCUCCCAGGAUGAUCUCAGAUGGUACAGGAAGGUCCUGCAGGAGGCUCGGAAGUUCGAGGUGGAUCGGCACAGAGUCCUCCUGUGCACAUGCUCCUGCGCCGCCUCCGCCAGCCUCAGGGACGUAAACAUCCGGCAGAUCCUCGUGGACGAGGCGGGCUUGGCCUCGGAGCCUGAGACCCUCAUUCCCCUGGUGAGCUUCUCCCAAGUCGAGAAGGUGGUUCUUCUUGGGGACCACAAGCAGCUGCGGCCUGUGGUCAAGAGUGAGCAGCUGCAAAACCUGGGGCUGGACCGGUCUCUGCUCCAGAGGUAUCGCAGGGAUGCCUCUAUGCUGGACCUACAGUACUGUGUGCACGAAAGCAUCUGUGCUUUCCCCUCCAUGGAAUUCUACAAAAAGAAACUAAAGACGUGGCAGGGCCUGAGGCUGCCGCCCAGCAUUCUGGGCUAUGGUAAAGAGAACUGCUCUGUCAUCUUUGGCGAUGUGCAGAGCCCCGAGGAAAGCCUGGUGGUGUCUACAGAGGAAGGGAGGGAGAAUUCCAAGGUCAACAAAGAGCAGGCAGCAUUGGUGGUCUGCCUGGCCAAACAGCUGGUUAGCGGAAGGGUGGACCCCAAGGACAUGGCCAUCCUCACGCCCUACCACGCCCAGGUGCUGGAGAUCAGCAAGAGACUUGAGGAGGCACGCGUCGCCGGGGUGACCGUGUGCUCCAUCACCAAGAGCCAGGGGAGACAGUGGCGCUACGUGCUGGUGAGCACCGUCCGCACCUGCCAGGAGAGCGACCUGGAUCUGCGGCCGACGAAGAGCUGGCUGCAAAAAUCCCUGGGCUUCCUCGUGGACCCCAACCAAGUGAACGUGGCUCUCACCCGGGCGCAGGAGGGGCUCUGGGUCGUCGGAGACCGACUGCUCCUGCGCUGCUGCCCUCUCUGGAGCCGGUUCCUGGAUUUCUGUGAGGCCCAGAAGAGCAUCGUACCCGCCUGCCAUGUGCAGGUCCAGAGGGAGAUCGUGGCUUCUUCAACCCUCACUCACGCACCGCUCUCAAGGUGCCAGGACGACGAGGAAGAGUCCUUCCAGACGCCACCUUGAGAUUUCACGUGCCUUCAGAGGUCACUGCGGGCCACCACCUCCCAGCAACCCCCAUCCCCUGCGCCUGCCUGAGAGAGCUGGGUCGCGGGCUGACCAGCGCCACGCCCAGGGACCACCUUGCUGAAUCUCAGCUUUGCGGAGGGGGUAGAGCAGGCCAGGCCUCACCCACUGUGCAAAUCUGGGAGAAGAGAGGAAUGGUCUAGAUCCCCACCCUCACGCUGUGCUGCUGUGCUGGGACAUUUGGUGACAGAGAGCAUCUUGGGGGUGGGGGCGGCCUGGACCAGCAGGACACCUGGCCUCACUGAGAAGGGGAUCCUGUAGGGCUACUCUGUGGUCUCUUGGCCUGCCCUGCCCUUACUGCGUGUUGUCUGUGGGCUUCCUUUCAUUUAUUUAUCUAUUUAUUCAUGUUUGGUUGCACAUGGAUGUUCCUGGGCCAGGGAUGGAACCUCAGCCACAGCAGUCACAACAUAGGAUCCUUAACCUGCUGAGCCCCAGGGAACUCCCAUUUAAAAACUUAAAAAAAAAAUUAAGAAGUUUAAAUACACCAGAUGCCAGUGUCUUUUACUGAAACACUUUCCUCAGCUCCAACUCAAGGCAAGGAGGCCUCCCUGGAAGAGAGGGCUGUUUCUCUGCCACCACUGCCCCAGGAGGCUGUCCUGUGGUCCACCCUGAACUCUGCAGCCAUCUUGCAAACUCAGGCCAUCUGGAUGAAUGUGCACUUGUUUGCAGGUUUGAGGGCCUUCACCUGCCCCUCAGGGGGCAUUUGUGUCUUGUCUUUUCCGGAAACCUCUGUCCCGAUCCCUGCCUCUCCUUCGAGGCAGCUCUGACCCUGGAAAACUGCUCUCAGGGCAACUCCACUGUGCCUGAGUGUGUGGCGGCGGAGGGGGGGCGGCUGCUGUGAACAAGCCUGGGUGGGUGGCCUUGCG